UGUGACAAAUAUUUCAGCUCCAAAGCAAAUCUUGUUACUCAUCAGAGAACUCACAAGGAGGAAAAACCCCACAAGUGUCCUCACUGUGAGUGGAGAUUCAAACGCAAACCUCAUCUGAAGAGACACAUGCGUAUCCACAGCGAUGAGAGACCGUAUCAGUGCAGUGAAUGUGGAAAAACCUUUAGGCGGUUAAACAUUUUACAGUCACACCAAAGAACACACACUGUUGAGAAACUCUAUCAGUGUUCACACUGUGAUAAACGCUUUAAUUGUAAAACGAAUCUGAAACGCCAUGAGAGAACUCACACUGGAGAAAAACCUUACGUCUGCUCUCACUGUGGAAAGAGAUUUUCUCAAUCAUUUUCUUACAACUUUCACGUGAGAUCUCACACCGGAAUGCAAACUUUGACUUAUCAGUGCAGACUUUGUGGAAAGAGUUUUAGGCAACAAAACAGUUUAAGAAAACACCAGAGAACUCAUACAGGAGAAAGACUCUUCAAAUGUUCUCAGUGUGACAAGACGUUUGCUCGAUCAGAUGUCCUCAGAACCCAUGAGAGAAUUCACACUGGAGAGAAACCUUAUCACUGCUCCAUCUGCGGAAAGAGCUUUUCUCAAAAAGGUACUUUAAAAGUCCAUGAGAGAGUUCACACUGGAGAGAAACCUUAUCACUGCUCCAUCUGUGGUGAGAGAUUCGCUUAUUUAGGAAGUUUACAGACUCAUCAGAAGAAACAUGCUGAAGAACAAACUGCACUGGAAUCAUCAUAGUAGCGUCUUUUACUAUUUUUAUAAACAGUGUCGCUCGUAGUAUUUUCUGCAGUCUGUGGAGUUAAUUGCCAGUUUGAUUGGGGCAGGUAGGGUCUUACACUGCUAGUCGUUAUUUUUGUCAUGAAUGAAUUGAACUGAACUUGUGUUGUGUGUCAUCAGUUUAAUUAUCCACUUUCUUCAUAAAUACAUCUGUAAGACGUCUGCUAAACAUCUGUAAAAUAUCACGCCCACAUUUUUUCUGUGUUUUCUAGUUUAUGACAUUACAUAGAUGGUGCGAUUAUAGGCAGUACAGUUUAAUGCAGUACAGUUGGUUAAAAAAUGAACAAACUGCACUGGAUUCAUCUUAGAAUCUCUACGAGGAUCAGUAAUCCAGAAACGUUACAGUCUUAAAAGUAACUUUGGACCAUUGACAUUCUUGAGGAUGUAUUAAAAACAUUGUAUGCAUGUUACAUACAGACAUAGCUCAAGAGAAAAUAUUAUCACAAUAGAGCACAAUUAUUAACAGAUACAAUUGUAGUCAAUGUAUGAUUUAUGUCCUGCAAGCUUUUUGUUUUCUUUUGUGUAUUCAAAAACAUAUUCCCUAUUAUAUGCUGUAGUGUGCUCUUUGGCCAAACAUUUUUUUCAGGUUUCAUCGAACCUAAGGAGGCAUUAAAGGCGAAUUAUGCAAAAAUAAAAGAACGUCAAUUUUGGCUUCAACUGUACAUGACUUUGUACUGCCAGCAUUUUGCGGUUUUGAAAAUAAAUAUUAA